CAACUUCGGCAACAGUUCACUUAGUGGGUGACGUCGUUCCGAAGAGCUGCAGUAGGAAGAACGGAAAAGGGAAUAGACCCUACUCGUUGGCUGCCGUGACGCACACGACUGCACUGUAGAAAACACAAGCUUAAUUUGCUUGGCGUUUACGAUAUCCUGUUGGCCGGUUUGGAUGGUCACACGAGCCUGUUUUUCCUCGAAUUUCCUCGCCUCUUUGCCGCAAUCCUCCUUCAAUCCGUGUCAAUCCAGGUGAUGUUUGACUACCACCAAGCUCAACGCUUAUCUUCAUCCUAGUAUCGGUAUUCAACACCGAUAAUCAAGAAUGAGCUCUUCAGGAGCCGAGUCGGCAGGGCCCGAGGGUGUGCGUCGACGCACAAAUGCAUCGUCAAUGUCGCGAGAUGAUACACCCAGUUCCAGCUCGACGUCGGAGUCCGUUGCCGAGGUCAAUGGAAAGCAAGACCGCUCCACGGCGACGUAUGGGCGAACUCCCAAUGGAACAGUCUUUCUUGUGCCUGAGACCCAUGACAUGGUCUCGCAGCUGCUAGACCCCCGUGAACCAAAGAACCUUUCCGAUCUUGUGGUGUUGGCCAUUCUUGCCCUGCAUGUAUGGGCUGCAUACGCGCUUCCAUUCGGUCUCAAACGACCCAUAUUUGCCGCCGUCUUCUUGUUCUGGAGGGCGGCAUACAAUGUGGGGAUAGGAUACCUCUUGACUGUCCAGUCCAAAUACAGACUCCUUGUUACGUGGGCCAAAAGAUUGAAGCUCUUCGAGCAUCCGUCGACCGGCCAGAAUCCUCGGCCAUGGCUCUAUCAGCUGCUCCAGCGUGAACUCGAGACCAAAAUUCCCAAGAACUACAAGAUGGACCAGGCACCGAUCGAAUACAAUACCUGGCUCGUGUUUCGCCGCCUUGUGGACUUGAUCCUCAUGUGCGACUUUGUAUCAUACUGUCUCUUCGCCAUUGUCUGUGCCCACAGGCCAGAAGGGGAGGGAAUUGCCAUGGCCGCCGCUCGCUGGACGGCCGGCAUCGCCCUUGUCGGCUUCAAUCUCUGGGUCAAGCUGGAUGCGCACAGAGUUGUGAAGGAUUACGCCUGGUACUGGGGCGACUUCUUCUACCUCAUUGACCAGGAACUGACCUUCGAUGGCGUGUUCGAGAUGGCGCCCCAUCCAAUGUAUUCUAUUGGGUAUGCUGGGUACUACGGCAUCUCCAUGAUGGCUGCAAGCUAUGAAGUAUUGUUCAUCUCUAUUCUCGCACAUGCCGCCCAAUUCGCAUUCCUGGCCCUUGUCGAGAACCCUCACAUCGAGAAAACCUAUAACCCUCCACCACCCCGUCUGCCAGCCGAGUCGGAAGCCAGCAGUCAACCCGAAUCCGCGGUCGAGUCUAAGAAGGUAGCGGGAGGCCCAGACACCCCUUUACCGGUUCACGACCUUCUGGGCUUCAAGAAUAUGGACCUCUUCCGAACGACUGAUUAUUGCGCUAUACUUCUCGUUGGGUACCUUGCGAUUCUGGCCAUCGCCACACCGUCUACUUCUUCUUACCAGGCCUUCUUCGUCGUCAAUGCGCUGUUUUGGCGCUUGUGGUACUCGGUGGGCCUUGGAGUCAUCCUAACUGCGCAGUCAAAGACAAAGAUGUUUACCCGGCAUUUCGUCAAGUACGGCGAAAGCCCCGGAGAGGCAUGGCGUCAGUGGAAAGGCAUGUACCACAUCAGCAUGACGUUGUGCCACGCCUCAUUCAUCGCUGCGUGCUGGAAGAUGUACACGUACCCGGAAGACUGGGGCUACGGCUGGGUGCUUUUGAAGCACGUGGUCGGCCUGGGCUUGAUUGCCCUCCAGAUAUGGACUGCCAUGAGCAUCUACGACUCGCUCGGCGAGUUUGGAUGGUUUUAUGGCGACUUCUUCUUCGAUAGUACGGGAAAGCUCACCUACAAAUCCAUCUACCGCUUCCUCAAUAACCCGGAGCGUGUCAUCGGCACUGCUGGGCUGUGGGGAAUGGCUCUCAUCACCUGGAGCAAGGCCAUCUUCAUGAUUGCUCUCAUCGGACACAUCCUAACGCUAGGCUUUAUCUCGUACGUCGAGAAGCCCCACAUGCAGAAGAUUUACGGUGAGAACCUAAGGAAGGAAGCUGGCUUGACAAAGUUCAUCCGGCGUUCGCUCCCGGAGCCAGUGAAGGGGCUGCAGAUGAGCGUGGACAAGGUACUGGACGAUACCAAGCACUUUGUCGACGACUUUGUUGAGGUCGCUCGGUCGAGGCUGGCGGCCGGCUCUUCUACCAUUGUCAGGGAUACGACGGCCUUGUUCAACAAGUAUCCGGCUCGUCUGACCCUCAGUCGGAUAGCACCUGACAUUGCGGGAUACGACCCUAAGCAUUAUCAGAUUUCUGUCGAAGGCACCCCGCUGGUAGCUGCCGACGAAAAGGCCACUGGCAAGGAGAGCGCCACUGCGCGGGUACCCAAGGAUGUCAAGACCAAAGUGUUUCAGUAUGGCGCUCCGAUACGCGUCAAGUGGACAGCGCCAGCCACUCACAGCAAGAAGGACUGGGUGGGCUUGUACAUGGUGACGGACAACAGGUCAAGGGAGUUUACGGAGGUACCGAGCCUUGGCCGUUGGGUACCCACCUGCCCCGGUGAGUACGACACUACUACCGAUGAAGGCAUCGUCUCGUGGGACCAACCAUAUUCUGGCUCCGACGUGGACUUGGUGCAGGGCGAGAUGAUCUUUGAGGGGGACAAGCUGUGGUGGACCCAAGGCGUCUUCGAGUUCAGAUACCACCACGGCGGCGGCCACCACGUCAUGUCUAUUUCGGAGCCGUUUGAGGUACGCAUCGCUAGGAUCGACGACCUGGGCGCCGACAUUGGACGAGAGGAGGUCGAGGCGGAACUCUUGCCAAUCGUGCGGAACUGCCUGGACCGACACCCGGACAUCGCUCCUGCCAACGCUGAGGAGCCGUUCGGCGCCCUGGUGGAGAGGGACAGCAAAUACGCCAAGCGAGUCGUGUAUGCCAUCCACCAUAUGUUUGGCGUCGAGUUUGCGCCCGGUGUGGUGCCCGCCGAUGGCAACGUAAGGAAGCUUGCUUGGCGGAUUUGCAGCGCGAAAGAAGUCCUGGCACCUUAUAGCAUGUCGCCAGCACAUGGAACCAAACGACCUCUGACCCCGGUCAGAGACAAGUUCUAAUUCAUCGUAGAGAGGACAGGCGAGAUCUGGUUAGUAGAGGGGAGGAUUUGGUAUGCAUUUUUAGAGAGCGUGAAGAAUACCUGGGCGAGUAAAUGCAUGAGAUACCACAAUUCUACGGUGUUGGUUUUGGCGAGAGAAUGGCUAGCCCAAUCGUAAAGUGAUGUUUGCAUUUUAUUAGAAUGCAUUCCAUCCGACGUCAUUUAGACACAUCGGCAUGUCCCAGGAGCAGCAAGUUGUUGCGGAUCAUUUGCUACACCUAAACUUCGCAUCCAGGUCCCUGGAAAUCAUGGCCUU